AUGCGGGAACACCAUGGAAUCGACAUCGAUGUUCGGGGAUACGAGAAUGAGAUCAUUCGUCGUACGGAGAACCCAAAAUGGACGGACGCGCAAAAUCUCAAGCGAAAAGUGUUGCAAAGACGGAAAUCGAAGCCGGCAAAGAAGAAAGUUUGUGCGCAAAAGGUCGGAGAUGUGUUCAACGAGUUGUUGGCUCAGGAGUUUCACAAUGUGCUCGAGUGUGACUCAUUGAGCAUUGCGAAAAUCUCGGCACUCAUCGAAUACUCGAAAAAAGUGCUUGAAGAGCUGUUAAAGGAAAAGCUGAAAACGAUUUGGAUCGAAUUUUUUAAAAAAUCGGCUUCAGAUUUUCUCUACGAAGAAAAUGUUUUCUUUUUUACGGAGGUUUGCUUAGCUUUGCAAAUUUCUUUGCCCGAUAGUGAGCGUGACGAAUUUUUGGCUUAUCUCUCUGAGCACUCGGUGAAAGACUUGCCUAAACAAAUGGAGGCUACAACGUCAACAGAUCAAUCACCUUGUUGCUCACAUUCAUUUGAAAAUGGGGAACUGGAUCUAAAAGAGCUUGAUGAUUCGGAACUCUUUGAGAUGUUGUCAACAGCUACGGGAAUUCAAGCCGACAAUCUUUUGAGGAACGAUUUGGCAAAAUUUCAGAAAGAUGUCUCGACAAAGAUUUGUGCUCAUUAUUUGAAACCGAUUUUCGGUGCGUCACUUGACAUUGACCGUUUAGAGACUGAACUCAAAAUUGAACUGAGGGCAGUAAACGGUUUUUCGUCACAAACAAAAGGGAGAAGCGACUCAAGUGUUGUGGCUCAAAACAAUGAUCUUUCUCAAAAUCGUCCGAAUUGGAAAGAGCUAUUGGUCAAAAGAUUCACUGGAAAACUGGCGAAGCACUUGCAAGAGGAUCGA